UGGAGUGUUAGCACCAGUACUGGAUGUGACAGCAAGCAGAGGAGCACUUAGCAGCUUAUUCAGUGUCCGAUUCGGAUUCCGGCAAGGAUCCAAGCAUGGAAUGCUGCCGUCGGGCAACUCCUGGCACACCGCUCCUCUUUCUGGCUUUCCUGCUCCUGAGCUCCAGGACAGCACGCUCUGAGGAGGACCGGGAUGGCUUGUGGGACGCUUGGGGCCCAUGGAGUGAAUGCUCACGCACCUGUGGUGGAGGGGCCUCCUACUCUCUGAGACGCUGCCUCAGCAACAAGAGCUGUGAGGGAAGAAAUAUCCGAUAUAGAACAUGCAGUAAUGUGGACUGCCCACCAGAAGCAGGCGAUUUCCGAGCUCAGCAAUGCUCCGCUCACAAUGAUGUCAAGCACCAUGGCCAGUUUUAUGAAUGGCUUCCUGUGUCUAAUGACCCAGACAACCCCUGUUCACUCAAAUGCCAGGCCAAAGGAACAACCCUGGUUGUUGAACUAGCACCUAAAGUCUUAGAUGGGACUCGUUGCUACACAGAAUCUUUGGAUAUGUGCAUCAGUGGUUUAUGCCAAAUUGUUGGCUGUGAUCACCAGCUCGGAAGCACCAUGAAGGAAGAUAACUGUGGAGUCUGCAACGGGGAUGGGUCCACCUGCCGACUGGUCCGAGGGCAGUACAAAUCCCAGCUCUCUGCAACCAAAUUGGAUGAUACUGUGGUUGCUAUUCCCUAUGGAAGUAGACAUAUUCGCCUUGUCUUAAAAGGACCUGAUCACUUGUAUCUGGAAACCAAAACCCUGCAGGGGGCUAAAGGUGAAAGCAGUCUCAGCUCGACAGGCACCUUUCUUGUGGACAAUUCUAGUGUGGACUUCCAGAAAUUUCCAGACAAAGAGAUUCUAAGAAUGACUGGACCACUCACAGCAGAUUUCAUUGUCAAGAUCCACAACUCAGGGCCCGCUGACAGCACAGUCCAGUUCAUCUUUUAUCAGCCUAUCAUCCACCGAUGGAGGGAGACAGAUUUCUUUCCUUGCUCAGCAACCUGUGGAGGAGGUUACCAGCUGACAUCGGCUGAGUGUUACGAUCUUCGGAGCAACCGUGUGGUUGCGGAUCAAUACUGUCACUAUUACCCAGAGAACAUCAAACCCAAACAACUUCAAGAGUGCAACUUGGAUCCUUGUCCAGCCAGUGACGGAUACAAGCAGAUCAUGCCUUAUGACCUCUACCAUCCCCUUCCUCGGUGGGAGGCCACCCCGUGGACCGCGUGCUCCUCCUCGUGUGGGGGGGGCAUCCAGAGCCGGGCAGUUUCCUGUGUGGAGGAGGACAUCCAGGGGCAUGUCACCUCAGUGGAAGAGUGGAAAUGCAUGUACACCCCUAAGAUGCCCAUCGUGCAGCCCUGCAACAUUUUUGACUGUCCUAAAUGGCUGGCACAGGAGUGGUCUCCGUGCACGGUGACAUGCGGCCAGGGCCUCAGGUAUCGGGUGGUCCUCUGCAUCGACCAUCGUGGAAUGCAUACAGGAGGUUGUAGCCCCAAAACCAAGCCCCACAUAAAAGAGGAAUGCAUCAUACCCACUCCCUGCUAUAAACCCAAAGAGAAACUUCCGGUAGAGGCCAAGCUGCCAUGGUACAAGCAAGCUCAAGAGCUAGAAGAAGGAGCUGCCGUGUCAGAAGAGCCCUCGUUCAUCCCGGAAGCCUGGUCAGCCUGCACGGUUACCUGUGGUGUGGGGACCCAGGUGCGAAUGGUGAGGUGCCAGGUGCUCCUGUCUUUCUCCCAGUCCGUGGCUGACCUGCCUGUUGAUGAAUGUGAGGGGCCCAAGCCAGCAUCCCAGCGUGCCUGUUAUGCAGGACCAUGCAACGGGGAAGCUCCUGAGUUUAACCCAGAAGAGACAGAUGGCCUGUUCGGUGGCCUGCAGGAUUUCGACGAGCUGUAUGACUGGGAGUAUGAGGGCUUCACCAAGUGCUCCGAGUCCUGUGGAGGAGGUGUCCAGGAGGCUGUGGUGAGCUGCCUGAACAAACAGACGCGGGAGCCUGCUGAUGAGAACCUGUGCGUGACCAGCCGCCGACCCCCCCGGCUCCUCAAAUCUUGCAGUUUGGAUCCCUGCCCGGCCAGGUGGGAAAUUGGCAAGUGGAGUCCAUGCAGUCUCACCUGUGGGGUUGGCCUACAGACCAGAGAUGUCUUCUGCUCCCACCUACUUUCCAGAGAGAUGAAUGAAACUGUAAUCCUGGCCGAUGAGCUGUGUCGUCAGCCCAAGCCCAGCACAGUGCAAGCUUGUAACCGCUUCAACUGCCCCCCAGCCUGGGACCCUGCACAGUGGCAGCCAUGUUCCCGAACCUGUGGCGGGGGCAUCCAGAAGCGUGAGGUUCUUUGCAAACAGCGCAUGGCUGAUGGCAGCUUCCUGGAGCUUCCUGAGACCUUCUGUUCAGCCUCAAAACCGGCCUCCCAGCAAGCCUGCAAGAAAGAUGACUGUCCCAGCGAGUGGCUCCUCUCCGACUGGACGGAGUGUUCCACAAGCUGUGGGGAAGGCACCCAGACUCGAAGUGCCAUUUGCCGGAAGGUGCUAAAAACCGGGGUCUCAGCUAUUGUCAAUUCCUCCCUGUGCCCUCCCCUGCCGUUCUCUUCAUCCAUCAGGCCCUGCAUGCUGGCAACCUGUGCACGGCCGGGACGGCCAGCCACCAAGCACAGCCCUCACAUUGCGGCCGCCAGGAAGGUCUACAUCCAGACGCGCCGGCAGAGGAAGCUGCACUUUGUCGUGGGGGGCUUCGCCUACCUGCUCCCCAAGACGGCUGUGGUGCUGCGCUGCCCCACGCGGCGCUUCCGCAAGCCCCUGAUCACGUGGGAGAAGGACGGCCAGCACCUCAUCAGCUCGGCGCACGUCACCGUGGCCCCUUUCGGCUACCUGAAGAUCCACCGCCUCAAGCCCUCCGACGCGGGCAUCUACACCUGCUCUGCCGGACCCGCCCGGGAGCAGUUUGUCAUUAAGCUCAUCGGAGGCAACCGGAAGCUGGUGGCCCGGCCCCUGAGCCUCAGGAGCGAGGAGGAGGCCCUCGCGAUGAGGAAGGCCAGCCCAAAGGAGGCCCUGCAGACCCACAAACACCAGAACGGAAUCUUCUCUAACGGCAGCAAGGCUGAGAAGCGGGGCCCCGCCGCAGACCCGGGGAGCCGCUACGAUGACCUCGUCUCCCGGCUGCUGGAGCAGGGGGGCUGGCCCGGGGAGCUCCUCGCCUCCUGGGAGGUGCAGGACUCCACGGAAAGGAACACGUCUUCCGAGGAGGACCAGAAUGCCGAGCAGGCCCUCUGGCACCUGCCCUUCACCAUGGUGACCGAGCAGAGGCGCCUGGACGACAUCCUCAGGAACCUCUCCCAGCAGCCUGAGGAGCUUCGAGACGUCUACGGCAAGCACCUGGUGGCCCAGCUGGCCCAGGAGAUCUUCCGCACCCACCUGGAGCACCAGGACGCGCUGCUCAAGCCGUCUGAGCGGAGGCUACCCCCGGUGGCCAUCCCCCCUCAUAAGCACGUGUCUGGUUUCAGCAGCUCUCUCCGGACCUCGUCCUCUGGGGAGGCCGGGGGUGGCUCUCGCCGGCCCCAUCGCAAGCCCACCAUCUUGCGGAAGAUCUCAGCUGCCCAGCAGCUCUCGGCCUCCGAGGUGGUCACCCACCUCGGGCAGACUGUGGCCCUGGCCAGCGGGACACUGAGUGUGCUCCUGCACUGUGAGGCCGUCGGCAACCCAAGGCCUACCAUCAGCUGGGCCAGGAACGGAGAAGAGGUUCAGUUCAGCGACAGGAUUCUUCUACAGCCAGAUGAUUCCUUACAGAUCCUGGCACCAGUGGAAGCUGAUGUGGGUUUCUACACUUGCAAUGCCACAAAUGCCUUGGGAUAUGACUCUGUCUCCAUUGCCGUCACAUUAGCAGGAAAGCCACUAGUGAAGACAUCACGAGUGACUGUGAUCAACACUGAGGAGCCUGCAAUCACAGCUGAUGUAGGAAGCACCAUCAAAACAGUGCAAGGAGUGAAUGUGACCAUUAACUGCCAAGUUGCAGGUGUGCCCGAAGCCGAAGUCACUUGGUUCAGGAAUAAAAGCAAACUGGGUUCCCCUCACCAUCUGCACGAGGGCUCCUUGCUGCUCACAGACGUGUCCUCCUCAGAUCAGGGCCUCUACUCCUGCAGGGCAGCCAAUGUGCACGGAGAGCUGACGGAGAACACACAGCUGCUGAUCCUAGAUCCCCCCCGAGUCCCCACACAGUUGGAAGACAUCAGGGCCUUGCUUUCAGCCACUGGACCGAACCUUCCUUCAGUGCUGACAUCUCCUCUGGGAGCACAGCUGGUCCUGGAUCCUGGGAAUUCUGCUCUCCUUGGCUGUCCCAUCAAAGGUCAUCCUACCCCAAAUAUCACCUGGUUCCAUGGUGGUCAGCCAGUUGCCACUGUCCCAGGACUGACACAUCAUAUAUUGGCAGCUGGACAGAUUCUCCAGGUUGCAAAUCUUAGUGGCGGGUCCCAAGGGGAAUUCAGCUGCCUUGCACAGAAUGAGGCAGGAAUGCUUGUGCAAAAAGCCUCUUUGGUGAUCCAAGAUUACUGGUGGUCCGUGGACAGACUGGCAACCUGCUCAGCCUCCUGUGGUAACAGGGGCGUUCAGCAACCCCGCCUGAGGUGCCUCCUGAACAGCACAGAGGUCAACCCCACCCACUGUGCAGGGAAGGUGCGCCCUGCCGUGCAGCCCAUCGCAUGCAAUCGGAGAGACUGCCCUUCUCGGUGGAUGGUGACCUCCUGGUCUGCCUGUACGCGGAGCUGUGGGGGAGGUGUCCAGACCCGGCGGGUGACCUGCCAGAAGCUGAAAGCCUCUGGAAUCUCCACUCCUGUGUCCAAUGACAUGUGUACCCAGCUUGCCAAACGGCCAGUAGACACCCAGGCCUGUAACCAACAGCUCUGCGUGGAGUGGGCCUUCUCCAGCUGGGGCCAGUGCAAUGGGCCUUGCAUCGGGCCUCACCUAGCCGUGCAACACAGACAAGUGUUCUGCCAGACACGGGAUGGCAUCACCUUACCAUCAGAGCAGUGCAGUGCCCUUCCAAGGCCCGUGAGCACCCAGAACUGCUGGUCAGAAGCCUGCAGCGUACACUGGAGGGUCAGCCUGUGGACCCUGUGCACGGCGACCUGCGGCAACUAUGGCUUCCAAUCCCGGCGUGUGGAGUGUGUGCACGCCCGCACCAACAAGGCAGUGCCUGAACACCUGUGCUCCUGGGGCCCCCGGCCGGCCAACUGGCAGCGCUGCAACAUCACCCCAUGUGAAAACAUGGAGUGCAGAGAUACUACCAGGUACUGCGAGAAGGUCAAACAGCUAAAACUCUGCCAACUCAGCCAGUUCAAAUCUCGCUGCUGUGGGACUUGCGGCAAAGCGUGAAGACAGGGCCCAGGGAAGAACUCUACCCUGGCCACACAGAGGACUCCCGCCACCACCUUGGACAGAACUUAAGCUCUCUUCGUUUAUUUAUUUAUUUUCCUCUCCCCACCCCCGCCCCACACACCCUCGUCCAACCUCCUCCCCCACCCCAGACAUGAGGACCUCAGCAUGUCCUCUCUCUCGGUUCACUGGAGAACAGAAUGUGGGGGAAAGACAAGGAAAGGGGUCUACAGGAGGUUGCAGAGCAGACGCCUCGCCUUCCCAAACCCAGGUCCCAAAAAGGCGGAGGAAGAGGUAGGCGUGGCUCCUGGGGACAGCAGGGAGGCAGAGCCAGUGGCAGACGAGAGAUGGGAGGGUAGGCCACAGAGCGUUUGCAAAGCAUUGGUACAGACUCCAGACAACCAGCUGUGUCUUUCCUGGCAGCACACCGUCCACACGGGAGUGUGCUUCUGCUUUGUGUCCUCCUCUGCCUCAGCCUUGGGAAGAGCAGGCAGGGAGGGGAGGACACCAUCGGAAGGCAAAACCCAGGCCAGAACUCAGCUCUUCUGCCGGGGAGCGUCAAGAACUCCAAGCCCGGAUACAGAGCAGUAAGGAGGAGACCAUCCAAGUAGGCCCGAAGCACACUUGAUGCAGAAAACCACGUGGGGGCUGGGGCGGGGAGGAGACAGAAGCAAAAAGAAACCUGUGCAUGGUCCUCAGUGGGGAAGUGCAGGUAGAUGGGGAGGAGUGAGGAGGCUCGGGGAAGGGGCCCUCUGGAUUCUGCUGCCCUCGCAGAGAGCACACUGCCUGCUAGGAGACCUGCCCUCCCUGAGGUGCAGGGGAGUCCCCACUCCCCACACUGUCUCGGACUUCUGCCUGUACCCCCCCUAGCAAAGCCAGCGAAACAUCAAGAUCUACUUGUUCAGUUGAGCGGCCCCUCUCAUCUCUCUCUACAUCAAGAGUCCCCCCCCUCCCCAACCCCAGCCCAGAACGAUACUGCUGAUGUGGGUCAAGGACAUUCUGAGCAAGAAUAGGCUGGGGUUUCUGCCUGUAUGGCCUUUGCUGCCCCACUUGAGGGCCAGGGGUGGGGUUCAAUUUGCCAGAUGGUAUCCAUCGGGUCACAGUAGCUGCUUCCAGAACGGGCCGGGGCCCGUUCAGGGUGGGACAGUGGGCUUGUGCGGGCCCACUGUAAGAGCAGCGCUCCUAUUUAUACUGCAGCUUGGGGCAGGGUGAUGGGGUGCGGUGGCAAAGCCAUAGGAUAACUAAAGCUCGCAAGAGGGUCCUCAAAGGCUUUUCAACCUGUUCCCUACACACACUGAAGUACUAUGAACCUUACAGCAAUUAAUAUCCACCCAGUUUUGGUAAUCCAGUCAGCAAGGCAGCACACACGUUUGCAGUAAUGCGGGUCAGCUAGAGUAACAUGGCUGCAGCAAAGUCUAGGGGCAAACCUGAAAUCCUGGGACCAUUUGGCAAAUUGUUCUUUCAGCAAAGGGGUUUGGGUGAGUGGUUUUGGCCACCUCCCCCUUGGGUGGACACCGUUCAAUAGCCAGGGCAGCGUGGCCACACUCACCCCUCAGACAGCCUGCUCCCCCCUCACAUACAGACUCGCAAAAUGCCACCCAGCCCCGGGCCACCACCAAUACCAGGGCUGUGUUUUCCAGCCCACCUGGAAGUCAAAGACCGGGGGAAGACGGUAUUAAGCUGUGUCCUCCCCAGGUGAGCUACGGACAAUUAAGGUGGGUCUCUUUCUUCCUCACCACAAUGGGCUCUAAGAAGUCAUGUUACUAAAAAAUCAGCGUAAUGUUUAUUUAAAAUAAAAGAGAAUGUUUUCUAUGUCUGUAUAUCUUUUGUGAAUAUUUAUUAGGAUUUCUUGUAUAAAAACGUGCAAUAUUAAUAAUUGUACAUUGUCAUUCAGAAAACAAAGUAUUUGGGGGACUUUUUUAUUAACUUCCUGCAGUUGUGUUCCUGUAAACUCUGGUAACUAUUGUAUUGUUCCUAUUUUUAAUAGAGGCUGAUGUUUAACUCUGGAUCCAUUCACUGUGUACAGAACACAUUGUAAAGCUAACAUGGGAUGACAGGGCAAGAAGAGGGGACUCGUUUGUGACACAAUAGUUAUGCAUGGAAUGGAGAAUACAAAUUCCAUACUGCUACUAAUGUGGUUGGUUAUUUGUAGUUCAAUAGCUGUUGAGAACCAGUGGCCAAUAUUUACAUUUUCUAAAUAGCCAGUGUCCUCCAGCUCCGCCUCGUGUCAGGUUGGAGCCGUUGGAGGAGGCCUCAGAACCAGCUCGGAGGACCUAGGUUUGGGGUGGGAAGCAGCGUGCUCCUUGCAUGAGAUGAAUGUACAUUUACUGUUUGUUCUGUGAAUUGUGACUCAGCAGCAACACAAGAUGAUUAGAGCUGCUGAAUAAUAUGGAAGGAGGCACUUUCCUCCUCUAAAACACAAAACUGUAUUUAUAUUUUUUGUACAGAUAA